UGUCCGUGUUGAGGCAGCGCAAGUGCCUUGAGAGAGGCAGAGGGGACCGGCGGACCCAGGACUUGUUCGUGUCUCUGUUUGUGUCUCUCGUGCUGGUAUGACAACUGCGCACCCAGGCGUGGGUGUGACAAACAUCCUGUGUGUUCUUCUAGUCUGAGUGGACGGCGCGGAUGACUUGACUUUAUUGUAUCGCCAUCACUCCUCCUGCCGAUGUGUUUUGGAUGUUUUCUUAGCGGUUUGUUUUUGCCGGACCAGAUGUUCUGGGGGACACGCGCUCUCACACGGCUGCCGCUGCGGGUGUCCAGUGAUAUUAUUUUGUGCUGAUGUAGUGCGGGUCGGGGGCUGAAGUUGAAGUCUUGCUCUUGAAGGUGUGAGCUCCAAAUGCAUUCGCUCCUGGGCCGGGAGAAGAAAGAAGAAGAAGCCGGGUUUGGGAUCGAUCUGGGUCUGUCUCCGGGCUUUUUGCCCCAAGCUGCCACCAUGUUCAGCUGCGUGGGAUGCUUUUGGGUACUCCUCUCCUCCGCUCUGGUCGCCGUCUGCAGUUUCAGCUUCAUAUCACCUGCCUGGAUUGUUAAGGACCAGCUGAGGAACAACCACCAGCAGCAGCAGCAGCAACAGCACCACCACCACCAACAACAACAACACCACCACAACAAGGACUCCGUGAGCUUCGGCUUGCUGUGGCACUGCUCGGAGUCUCUGGAUCACAUGUACCGAUGCUACACUUUCGGGGGACUGGGCAAAUUUGCAGAGAUCCCCUCCAGCUCCUGGCAGACCAGUGCGGUGCUGUGUUCAGGCGGCUGUGCUCUGCUGGCUGUCAGCUCCCUGUUGGCCAUCAUCACCAUCUUCCUGCCCAGUGGAGGAUGUGAGAGGAGGAUCUGCACCCUGGCUGGAUACAUGCAGAUGGCUGCAGUGUUUAUCAUGGCUGCCGGACUGCUGGUCUACCCCUUCGGCCUAAAUUCCUCACUGGUCAGGUCCUCCUGCGGGGACUCUGACAUCUACUACGCUGGCGAGUGCCAGAUCGGCUGGGGCUACAUGCUGGCUAUUGUUGGAGUCAUGCUCACUGUCUUCUUGCCCUUUUUCGCCAAAUAUGCACCAAAGGAGCAGCUGUCCCCCACCCCUUUGCCCACGCUGUUAUAGUGCAUUGAAAUGAAGUCUUGUUUUUCCCUCCUGACCACGCUCUCUGAGCUUGGCUUGAUGUCAUGGAGAGACACCUGCAUCCCAUUUUUAAAGGCGAUGCUGUUUGGAAUGCCCCACUCAGUAAUAGCUGAAGCUGACACUCAACUACAAACACUGUCUUCCUACAUCAUUAUGUAAUUAAUUCAAUUAAUUCAAUUAAUUCAAUUAAUUUUUAUUCUCAAAUCUAUGAAGAGUUUUCCACAGUUUGACUUAAUCUAUUUUCUUCAUGUCAGCUCUGGGGAUCAAUCAGAAAAAACAAAGAGUGAUAACCCCAUUUCAAGCAACUUAAGAAAAAUUCCACAAACAUAACAAGUACUUGCUUACAAUGUGUUUUUUUCCUUCCUUUCUUUUGUGGAAAAACUCAACAUACAGUAUGCAAACAAUCCAAAACAGACUGGAAGUUGUCUGCAUACAAAACAGUGAAAGCAUGAGAUUAUGUGGCAAUAUGACUCAACUAAUCAAGUAACGUUUCAGUAAGAAGUUGUGAUGAAGAUUUGACUCAAAGAGAGAGACACUUUGACCAGUCGGAAUGCAUCUGGGCCUUUGGACUGUACAUAUGGUCUGGAUUUAACAGAGCUGAUGUUUGAGGUUUGAAAAUAUUAAAACUGAAAAGAGAACUCUUUUGAGGGAUUUUUGCGCUUCAGACUUUUUUUUGCCUACCAGUCUUCUGAUCAGGCAUUGAACCAGUGGGAGUCAAGAAGAUGUUUUAACAUUCAACGACAGUGCUUUUAGUAACUGUUAUUAAAAAAAGGACAAUAAACACAGCAUCAGACCUGCCGAGUGGAUAAAUGGAAAUCUCUUCUCAUAACAAGGAAGUGAAUCAUAAUAUUAUGUAGUGGUUUCAGAGCAGUGUUGUCAAAAAUUUUAUGUUGGGAUACUGCAUCCUUUAGUUUCCCCAGUUUGCGUAAUGUAAUUCGCUUGUUAAAUAUGAACAGUUUUUUCUGUCUGCAACACACAAUACUAAACACUUUAAUUCAGGAAAAAAUGAUUGCAAAAGGCAGGGAGAUGUAGGAAUUUUGUCAAAAAUGCAUGAUAAGAUGGGCUUUGUUAAUGGUAGAGCAAUUGAUCUAGAUUUUAAAUGUGAUCUGACCAACUUGUGCCUUUUAACAUAACCAAGACAUAACAAGUGUUUAAUACAAUUAUCAGGUUAUCAUCAUUUUCUGCUGAAAAACUGUUGUGAUCCUUUUGUGUGAAGUGAUUUAUUAUAUUUGUUUUUUCCAAUUAUAUUUUUUCCUCUCAGUGGUGUUUCUCGUAUACUUGAUGCAGUAUGAUCUCAUUAACUUGAGAAAGUAUUCCGGAGGAAAAAAAAAAGAUAUCUUCUGAUCCUUGGAGGUAAUGGCAGAGAGAGGAGAAAAAAGGAAAGCAAUGAACUUCAAUUGAAUUACUGUUCAAUUAUGCCCUGAGAUAUUUUUACCAAUUAUCUAGAAGAGUUAACUCAUUUGAAUUGCUAUAUUAAAAGGUUGUGACAUGCAGCUAACAGAUUAAUUCCUGGCAUCCUUGUCCUGUGUAAUUUUGAAUUUGAGUGGUAGAGGAGGGAGAUGUAAAAAGUGAACUUUGCCUUUUGUUAUCUGUGCUGAGCUGACACAUUGCUCACAUUAUGUGUAAAAAGUGCUUUAAAAUAAUUAGCUCCUCAAAUAAGCAAAUGUGUUGUGUGUUUUUGUCAACCCACUUCUUUUAAUCGCUGGCACCAUUCCUGUCAUGUUCUAAGGACAAAAUGUCUACUUCUCCACUUACUGUCCCUGUACACUGCCAAUUUCAUCAAGCUAGACUCCCUUUUCUAGUGGGUGUUUAUGUGUGUAUUAGUGUUUAAUAAUGGGUUGGAGUCUGCUAAUGAGUUAAACUAUAAAAAUAUUCCCAAAAUUUGGGUUCCCAUAAUGACAUAUCCUGACAUUUAUAGAAUUACUGUGAUUAUGUUGCCAUAUUUGAAAGAAAGUCAGGAGAGAAAUGUUAGUAUUGUAUUGGACCUCAUACUGUGCUUGACUGUGGGAAUGACUGGCGUGACUGCACUGGACUUGUUCCCCUAUUUGUUGAACCAUUAUGUGUAAAGUCUCAGCACUGGUGAAACUGUUUUGGUAGGGUAGAUUAUUGUUUUUUCCAUUGUGAUGUUUGACUGUAAAUAAACUAACUGUACUUGAUAUCACAUGUUAUUCUUAACUGCCC